GGAGCGCGCCCUCGGGACGGAGAGCGCGGCGGCGCCGCGGCGAUGCCUAGGCGUCUGCGAGCUGCCGGCGGCAAGAGGCCCUAGGCGGGCAUGGGCCUGGCGUCCCAGAAGCCCUGGUGACCCUCGAGCGACCCCCUCUGCUCGGACGCGCCGGACCGACGCAAUGGCCUCGGAAGUGGUGUGCGGACUCGUCUUCAGACUGUUGCUCCCCAGCUGUCUGGCAGUAGCGUGUGCAUUCAGAUACAAUGGGCUGUCCUUUGUCUACCUUAUCUACCUCUUGCUCAUUCCUUUGUUCUCAGAACCAACAAAAGUGACAAUGCAAGGACAUACGGGACGGUUACUGAAGUCUCUGUGCUUCACCAGUCUUUCCUUCCUGUUGCUGCACAUCAUUUUUCACAUCACGUUGGCCAGCCUUGAAGCUCAACACCGUAUUACACCUGGUUACAACUGCUCAACGUGGGAAAAGACAUUUCGCCAGAUCGGCUUUGAAAGUUUAAAGGGAGCUGAUGCUGGCAACGGGAUCAGAGUGUUUGUACCUGAUAUUGGGAUGUUCAUCACUAGUCUGACCAUCUGGCUCGUUUGUAGAAACAUUGUCCAGAAGCCUAUGACAGAAGCCACCACACAAUAUAACCUGGAGUUUGAAAAUGAAGAAUUGACUGGAGGACAAAAAAUAGACUCAGAAGAGGCACUGAUCUGUGAAGAGGAUUUAGAUGGAGGAGAUAGUGGGGAAGGCGAGUUGGAAGAAAGUACCAAAUUAAAAAUAUUCCGCAGGCUCGCCUCUGUAGCUUCCAAGCUUAAGGAGUUCAUUGGCAACAUGAUAACCACUGCUGGAAAAGUUGUUGUUACCAUUUUACUGGGUUCCUCAGGUAUGAUGUUGCCAUCUUUGACCUCAUCUGUGUAUUUCUUUGUGUUUUUGGGUCUGUGCACUUGGUGGUCCUGGUGCCAGACAUUUGAUCCAUUGCUGUUCAGCUGUCUCUGUGUCCUGCUGGCUAUUUUCACUGCUGGACACUUGAUUGGACUUUAUUUAUACCAAUUCCAGUUCUUCCAAGAAGUGGUUCCACCAAAUGAUUACUAUGCAAGGUUAUUUGGUAUUAAAUCAGUAAUUCAAACAGACUGUUCUAGUACUUGGAAGAUCAUAGUAAAUCCGGACCUGUCAUGGUAUCACUACGCCAACCCCAUCCUCUUGCUAGUGAUGUACUAUACUCUGGCCACUCUGAUUCGUAUCUGGCUACAAGAACCCCUUGUGCAGGAUGGGAGACCCAAGGAAGAGGACAGAGCGCUGGCUUGUAGCCCCAUCCAAAUAACAGCGGAGAGGAGGCGGAGCCUGUGGUAUGCAACCCAUUACCCCACAGAUGAGAGAAAGCUUUUACCCAUGACCCAGGAUGACUACAAACCCUCUGAUGGUCUGCUUGUGACUGUGAAUGGCAACCCCGUGGACUACCACACCAUCCACCCCAGCCUGCCCGUGGAGAACGGCCCUGGCAAGGCUGACCUGUACUCAACCCCGCAGUACCGGUGGGAGCCCUCCGAAGCAUCCUCAGAAAAGAAAGAGGACAAGGAGGAAGAGAAAGAAGAAUUUGAAGAAGAAAGAAGCCAUGAGGAAAAAAGAAGUAUCAAAGUUCAUGCCAUGGUCUCUGUGUUCCAAUUCAUUAUGAAACAAAGUUACAUCUGUGCUCUCAUUGCUAUGAUGGCCUGGAGCAUCACCUAUCAUAGCUGGUUGACAUUUGUGUUGUUGAUCUGGUCAUGCACCCUCUGGAUGAUUCGCAACAGAAGAAAAUAUGCUAUGAUCAGCUCUCCUUUCAUGGUGGUUUAUGGAAAUCUAUUGUUGGUAUUACAGUAUAUAUGGAGUUUUGAGCUUCCUGAAAUUAAAAAGGUCCCAGGAUUUUUAGAAAAGAAAGAGCCAGAAGAACUUGCUUCAAAGAUUCUUUUCACUAUUACUUUUUGGCUACUUCUGAGGCAGCACCUCACAGAGCAAAAAGCUCUUCAAGGAAAGGAAGCUCUUUUAUCUGAAGUCAAAAUUGGGAAUCAGGAAAAUGAAGAAAAAGAUGAGGAACUUCAAGACAUCCAAGAAGAGCCCAGAGUGCAGGAGGAAGAAGACGAAGCCCAGGAAGAGAAGCAGGAGAAAAAGAUGGAGGAGAAGGAAGAAGAGGAAGAAGAAGAAGAUGAUCAGGACAUCAUGAAAGUCCUGGGCAACUUGGUGGUGGCCAUGUUCAUCAAGUAUUGGAUCUAUGUCUGUGGAGGCAUGUUCUUCUUUGUCAGCUUCGAGGGUAAAAUUGUAAUGUAUAAAAUCAUCUACAUGGUGCUGUUCCUGUUCUGCGUGGCCUUGUAUCAGGUGCACUAUGAAUGGUGGAGGAGAAUUCUAAAAUAUUUUUGGAUGUCAGUGGUUAUUUACACUAUGCUGGUGCUCAUCUUUAUAUAUACAUAUCAGUUUGAAAACUUCCCAGGCCUGUGGCAAAAUAUGACUGGGCUGAAAAAGGAAAAGCUUGAGGAUCUUGGCUUAAAGCAGUUUACUGUGGCUGAACUAUUCACUCGCAUAUUCAUCCCAACCUCCUUCCUGCUGGUGUGCAUUUUACAUCUGCACUAUUUCCAUGACCGGUUCCUUGAACUCACAGACCUCAAGUCCAUUCCCAGCAAAGAAGACAACACCAUCUACAGACUGGCCCACCCUGAAGGGAGCCUCCCAGACCUCACCAUGAUGAAUCUGUCUGCCAGCCUGGAGAAGAGAAAGUUUUCUGAGCCUGGGGAGGAGAAGCCUGAGGGAUUUUCUGAAGAGGUCGAGAAAGAUGAGCUUGGGAAAGACAGUGAGGAGUCAGAGGAGGAUGAAGAGGAAGAGGAGUCAGAGGAGGAGGAGGAAACAUCAGAUUUAAAGAACAAGUGGCAUCUGGUGAUUGACCGUCUCACGGUGCUGUUCUUAAAGUUCCUGGAGUACUUUCACAAGCUGCAGGUGUUCAUGUGGUGGAUUUUGGAGUUGCACAUCAUCAAAAUUGUCUCAUCGUACAUUAUCUGGGUUUCUGUAAAAGAGGUAUCUCUGUUCAACUAUGUAUUUUUGAUUUCUUGGGCUUUUGCUCUGCCAUACGCGAAGCUACGUCGUCUGGCUUCAAGCAUCUGUACUGUUUGGACAUGUGUGAUCAUCGUCUGCAAAAUGUUGUACCAGCUCCAAACCAUUAAGCCUGAGAACUUUUCUGUUAACUGUUCCUUGCCAAAUGAGAAUCAAACAAACAUACUCCUGCAAGACCUGAACAAGUCUUUACUCUACAGCGCUCCAAUUGACCCAACAGAGUGGGUUGGCCUACGGAAGUCUUCUCCUUUGCUGGUCUACCUGAGGAAUAAUCUCCUGAUGCUGGCUAUUCUGGCCUUUGAAGUCACAAUUUACCGCCAUCAAGAAUACUAUCGAGGUCGAAAUAACCUUACAGCCCCUGUAUCUAAAACUAUCUUUCAUGACAUUACAAGACUACAUCUAGAUGAUGGAAUUAUUAAUUGUGCCAAAUACUUCAUAAAUUACUUCUUCUAUAAAUUUGGUCUAGAGACCUGUUUCCUACUGUCAGUGAAUGUGAUCGGCCAGCGAAUGGAUUUCUAUGCCAUGAUUCAUGCCUGCUGGCUAAUCGCUGUUCUAUAUCGACGCAGAAGAAAAGCCAUCGCAGAGGUCUGGCCCAAGUACUGCUGCUUCCUGGCAUGCAUCAUCACUUUCCAGUAUUUCAUCUGCAUCGGCAUCCCCCCUGCUCCUUGCCGAGACUACCCGUGGAGAUUCAAGGGUGCCAGCUUCAACGACAACAUCAUAAAGUGGCUGUACUUCCCAGAUUUCAUUGUGCGGCCCAACCCUGUGUUUCUCGUCUAUGACUUCAUGCUGCUCCUGUGUGCCUCUUUACAACGGCAGAUUUUUGAGGAUGAGAACAAAGCUGCAGUGCGCAUAAUGGCAGGGGACAAUGUGGAGAUCUGCAUGAACCUUGACGCAGCCUCCUUCAGCCAACAUAACCCCGUACCAGACUUCAUUCACUGCAGAUCCUACUUAGACAUGUCCAAAGUGAUCAUCUUCAGCUACCUCUUCUGGUUUGUUCUUACCAUCAUCUUCAUCACUGGGACGACCAGGAUCAGCAUAUUUUGCAUGGGUUACUUGGUGGCCUGUUUCUAUUUCCUGCUCUUUGGGGGUGAUUUGCUAUUGAAACCCAUUAAGAGCAUCCUGCGCUAUUGGGACUGGCUGAUUGCAUACAACGUGUUUGUGAUUACCAUGAAAAACAUCCUGUCAAUAGGAGCAUGUGGAUACAUUACAACACUGGUUAAAAAUAGUUGCUGGUUCAUCCAAGCUUUCAGCCUGGCCUGCACAGUCAAAGGCUACCAAAUGCCUGAUGGUAAUUCACCCUGUACACUACCCAGUGGUGAAGCAGGCAUUAUUUGGGACAGCAUAUGUUUUGCCUUCCUCCUGCUGCAAAGAAGAGUUUUCAUGAGCUAUUAUUUCCUACAUGUUGUCGCUGACAUAAAAGCUUCACAGAUCCUGGCAUCAAGAGGGGCUGAACUUUUCCAGGCCACAGUUGUAAAAGCUGUAAAGGCAAGAAUUGAGGAAGAGAAAAAGUCCAUGGAUCAGCUGAAGCGACAGAUGGAUCGUAUCAAGGCCAGACAACAGAAAUACAAAAAGGGUAAGGAGAGGAUGCUGAGCUUGACCCAGGAAUCAGGGGAAGGCCAGGACAUCCAAAAACUCUCUGAAGAAGAUGAUGAAAGAGAAGCAGACAAACAGAAAGCCAAGGGCAAAAAAAAGCAGUGGUGGCGGCCUUGGGUUGAUCAUGCUUCCAUGGUGAGGAGUGGAGAUUAUUAUUUGUUUGAAACGGAUAGUGAAGAAGAGGAAGAGGAAGAAUUAAAGAAGGAAGAUGAAGAACUCCCACGAAGGUCAGCAUUCCAGUUUGUUUAUCAAGCCUGGAUUACUGAUCCUAAAACAGCACUUCGUCAGAGACGCAAAGAGAAGAAAAGGUCUGCAGGAGAAGACCAGGAGCAAAAGCGGAAAGGAUCUGGGGAAGGUCCCAUGGAAUGGGAUGACCGAGAAGAGGAACACGUCAAAAAGAAAUCUGAUGGACCAGAUAAUAUCAUCAAGAGGAUAUUUAAUAUUUUGAAAUUUACCUGGGUCCUUUUUCUGGCAACAGUGGACAGUUUUACCACUUGGCUUAACUCCAUUUCAAGGGAACAUAUUGAUAUCUCUACAGUUCUGAGAAUUGAAAGAUGCAUGCUGACCAGAGAAAUUAAGAAGGGCAAUGUUCCGACUCGGGAGAGCAUCCACAUGUACUAUCAGAACCACAUGAUGAAUCUUUCCAGAGAGUCAGGGCUGGAUACAAUUGAUGAGCGUCCUGGAGCUGCUUCGGGUGCACAGACAGCCCAUAGGAUGGAUAGUUUAGAUUCACAUGACAGCAUCUCCAGUGAGCCCACACAGUGUACCAUGCUGUAUUCGCGCCAGGGGACCACAGAGACCAUCGAGGAGGUUGAGGCUGAGCAGGAGGAAGAAGCAGGGAGCACAGUGCCUGAGCCCCAGGAGGUGGCCACAGAGUAUGAGGUUGAGUAUGAGGUGGGCACCCUGGACACUGUGGAGGUAGGCCUGACCCCUGAGGAAGAGUUGACGCAGUUCUCCACUGUGGAUGGGGAUGUGGAGGUGCCACCCUCCUACAGCAAGGCUGUCAGCUUUGAGCACCUGUCCUUGGGGUCCCAGGAGGACUACACAUGCCAGAACCACAUGGUGGUCAGCCCAGAUGACAGCCGCCCAGAUGACAGCCGCAUGGACAAGCUGGAGUCGAGCAUCUUAGCUCCCCUGACACACGAGCUGACAGCCAGCGAGCUGCUGUUGAACAAAAUGUUUCGUGACGAUGAGCUUGAAGAAUCAGAGAAAUUCUACACAGAACAGCCACGGUUCCUGCUGCUAUUCUACGCCAUGUACAACACUCUAGUGGCCCGCUCGGAGAUGGUGUGCUACUUCGUGAUCAUCCUCAACCACAUGGUGUCAGCCUCCGUGAUCACCCUGCUGCUGCCCAUCCUCAUCUUCCUCUGGGCCAUGCUGUCUGUGCCCAGGCCCAGCCGCAGGUUCUGGAUGAUGGCCAUUGUCUACACAGAGGUGGCAAUUGUUGUCAAGUAUUUCUUCCAAUUUGGAUUCUUUCCCUGGAAUAAGCAAUGGGAAUUGUACAAAGAUAAACCUUACCACCCUGCUAAUAUCAUAGGAGUGGAAAAGAAAGAAGGUUAUGUUCUCUAUGACCUCAUUCAACUCCUGGCUCUGUUCUUCCACCGGUCAAUUUUGAAGUGCCAUGGCUUAUGGGAUGAAGAUGACAUUGUUGAAAGUGACUCUGAAGGGGCAGACUCUGGUGAUGAUUUCUGCCUGACCUCUGGCAGAAGAGACUCUUACAACUCCCUCAAAUCCAUCAAUCUGGCUGCAUCUGUAGAGUCAGUGCACGUGACCUUCCCUGAGCAGCAGAUGGCCAUCCGGAGGAAAUGCUCUGCCAACAGCUCCCAGAUAUCCGAGAGAUCCAGCUUUUCUUCAAAUAGAUCCAAAAGAGGCAGCACAAGCACUCGAAACAGCAGUCAAAAAGGAAGUAGUGUGCUGAGCAUUAAGCAAAAAAGCAAAAGGGAACUUUACACAGAAAAGCUUCAAGAACAUUUAAUCAGAGCAAAAGCAUUUACCAUUAAGAAGACUCUGAAAAUAUAUGUGCCUAUCAGGCAGUUCUUCUACAACCUCAUCCACCCAGAGUACAGUGCUGUGACUGACGUGUAUGUGCUCAUGUUCCUGGCUGACACUGUGGACUUCAUCAUCAUUGUCUUUGGCUUUUGGGCCUUUGGGAAACACUCAGCAGCUGCAGAUAUCACCUCUUCACUGUCAGAAGACCAAGUCCCGGGGCCAUUUUUGGUGAUGGUUCUCAUUCAGUUUGGAACCAUGGUAGUGGAUCGAGCCCUCUACCUCAGGAAAACUGUACUGGGAAAGGUCAUUUUCCAGGUCAUUCUUGUGUUUGGAAUUCAUUUCUGGAUGUUCUUCAUCUUACCUAGUGUGACUGAGAGGAAAUUCAGCCAGAACCUCGUUGCCCAGCUUUGGUACUUUGUGAAAUGUGUUUACUUUGGAUUGUCUGCCUACCAAAUCCGCUGUGGCUACCCAACGCGGGUCCUUGGAAAUUUCCUCACAAAGAGCUACAACUAUGUCAAUCUCUUCUUGUUUCAAGGGUUCCGCCUUGUUCCAUUUUUGACUGAGCUGAGGGCAGUGAUGGACUGGGUGUGGACAGACACAACCUUGAGCCUCUCCAGCUGGAUCUGCGUAGAGGACAUCUAUGCCCACAUAUUCAUCCUCAAGUGUUGGCGGGAAUCAGAAAAGAGAUACCCUCAACCCCGAGGCCAGAAGAAGAAGAAGGUGGUCAAGUACGGCAUGGGGGGUAUGAUCAUUGUGCUGCUCAUCUGCAUCGUGUGGUUCCCUCUCCUCUUCAUGUCUCUCAUCAAGUCUGUGGCAGGAGUCAUCAACCAGCCCCUGGAUGUCUCUGUCACAAUCACCCUGGGAGGGUAUCAGCCAAUUUUCACAAUGAGUGCCCAACAAAGCCAGCUGAAAGUGAUGGACCAGCCCAAGUUUAAUAAGUUUAUACGAGAGUUUUCUAGGGACACUGGCGCUAUGCAAUUUCUGGAAAAUUAUGAAAAGGAAGACAUAACAGUAGCAGAGCUAGAAGGAAACUCAAACUCCUUGUGGACCAUCAGCCCUCCCAGUAAGCAGAAAAUGAUACACGAACUCAUGGACUCCAACAGUAGCUUCUCUGUUGUUUUUUCAUGGAGUAUUCAGAGAAACAUAAGUCUGGGUGCAAAAUCAGAAAUAGCAACAGAUAAGCUUUCUUUUCCUCUUAAAAAUAUUACACGAGAGAGUAUCGCUAAAAUGAUAGCUGGCAACAACACAGAAAGUUCAAAAACGCCAGUGACAAUAGAAAAGAUCUAUCCAUACUAUGUGAAAGCACCUAGCGACUCUAACUCAAAACCUAUAAAGCAGCUUCUAUCUGAAAAUAAUUUCAUGGAUAUCACCAUCAUUUUGUCCAGGGAUAAUACAACAAAAUCUAAUAGUGAGUGGUGGGUUCUCAACCUGACUGGAAAUAGACUAUACAAUCAACACUCACAGGCCUUGGAACUUGUGGUCUUCAAUGAUAAAGUUAGCCCUCCCAGUCUGGGGUUCCUGGCUGGCUAUGGUAUCAUGGGACUAUAUGCUUCAGUUGUUCUCGUGAUUGGAAAAUUUGUCCGUGAAUUCUUCAGUGGAAUUUCUCACUCCAUCAUGUUUGAAGAACUUCCAAAUGUGGAUCGAAUUUUGAAGUUGUGCACAGAUAUUUUUUUAGUUCGAGAGACAGGGGAACUGGAACUAGAAGAAGAUCUCUAUGCCAAAUUAAUAUUCCUGUACCGUUCACCAGAAACAAUGAUCAAGUGGACUAGGGAAAAAACAAAUUGAAACCUAAGGACACAAACUGCAAGUGAAGUGAACAUUUGAAUUUUUUUUUAAAAAAGCACAAUAUUCUCAUAAGAGCUAAGUAUUUCUAGUUCAGUGGAAAUGGUUUCUCUUCUGACAGGUGGCCAAAAGGAGCUGAUGUCCUUUUGCUGUAAAAGCUACCUUGUAAGUUUGGGGACCGUUGAAGACAUUAUUUGUAAUUCCAGUUCUCUCAAUCAGGGCUACUUGCUUUAUGUUUUAGUUAACAGUGUCUUGCAUUCUGAUUGACUAUGUGAGGAAUCAUUCUUGGGUCCUCUCCGUAAGAAAAAUAGAAGAGAAGAUAGAAGGACAGAGACCUGUGUUUACUCUGCAGGGAUGACGCCCUUCCAGGGAGACGCUGUGACAAAUCUCCCACAGCUCUGGGAUGGCCACUGUGGGGAGACUGGAUGAGCCUUCAGUACACUCAAAAUAUGCAAUAGCAAUAGGAGGCCAGCAGCUCCUACAUGCAUCUCUGGGAGGACAAGAGAAAGGGAACCAAGGACUCAUGAAGAUGCCACUGGAAGGAUAAGCAUUCUAAGCAAAAAGAUAGCAUUAGUGAUACUCUUACUGCCUUAUCUUAACUGAAGACUAAUUAACAAAUCUUUCCUAAAAACACAAGUGACUUCUCAGGAAAUUGAAAAAAAAAAAAAGCAACAAAACAAAUUACGAGGACAUCUGCUUAUUGUGGUCCAGUGGUGACUCGCUUCAGUGAAGGUUGCUGUCAUGGAAACGUACAUGAGACAGAAGACAGAAAGAUUUUUGAAAAGGACAACUCAGAUGGACUUGGAAUUCUCUGACUUUGUAACUCUUUAGUAACUGAGGUCAGGAACUCUCUUUGGCCUUUCCCCAUCUCCUCUUUCCAUGAUUUAAGGCAAUGGUUUUUCCAAUAUGGACAUUUUCCUUCCUGUUUUUCAGGUAUAUCAAAGAGUUUACAUAUUCUGAUUCACAUUUUUACAUCUGAGACAGUUUUUUUUAAGUUCAUAAUUGUGGAAGAAAUACGUAUAUUGAGCUCGGGAAAUAAAAAUGGCCUUUUCUUAAAUUAUUAUCAUUGGUAAUACAACCUCUUCAUUAAAUAACAAUAUAGCAUGAAAAAAUUAUGAUUAAAAUGUAGUUUUCAUUCCAUAUUAAAAUACAGUUUCUGAGAAAAAUCAUUGAAUGGGCUAGAAUAUGUAAAAAAAAAAAUUGAUCCUAUGUAGUUUGGGUUCAAAGCUGAAUUAAAAUAAAGCACAUCUUGCAAAGU